AACGUACGUCGCAACCGGCCUGGGCUGACGGCCGCUAGUCUUCUCAGUUUUAGUUUCCAUUUUGAAGAUCCAAAUGUGAAAAAUUUUGUUAAUUUAAGAGUAUAUAAGUAAUUGUUUUAUCGUGUCCUGCCAAGAGUGGAGUAUUUGAGUAACCAAAAGCUAUUAGGGCUGUUGCAUGCGAGAAAAAAUGAGUCCCUCUCCCACCUCAACGUGUAAUAAGAUAUGUUAAACAAAGCGUCAAUGUUAACACAAGUCUGAACUUCAAGCAACCUCUUUCUCUUUCACUUUGUCUAAUUAAUUUGCCAGCUAACUCAAAAAACUGUGAUGCCCAAUCGCUUUCCUUUGCUAUCAAUUCUUAGUGUGUUCAAAGUUUUCAACUUAAUUAGCUUAACAUACAAGCAAAACAAAACCAAAAGCCAAGAAGGAAACAAAAGUUCCCAAAGUUUCGAAGUCUCAGUCUCCUCUUCCUCCAAGAUUCUCUCUCUAUUUCCUGUACUCAAAAGUUUUCGUUUUUGGUUUUGCUAUAAUAGUAUCUUGUUUUAUAGCUGGUAUUUCAUUAUUGAAUAGUUUUUUUUUUUUUCUUUAUUUGGGUGUUUCUCUCCAUCAAAGUUGGAGCUUAGACAUUAACUAUGGGAACUUUGCCUUUGGUUCCCGUUCUCCCUACAAAGCUAAGACCUUCUGUGUUUGAACAGAAUGGAUCUCUUUUUGUCUGUAGAAGAAGAUCCAAGAAGAAGAACCAAGCUAUUGUUCCUGUAGCAAGGUUGUUUGGGCCAGCAAUUUUCGAGGCAUCAAAGCUAAAGGUUUUGUUUGUAGGAGUUGAUGAGAAGAAGCACCCAGGGAAGCUGCCUAGGACUUACACUCUCACACAUAGUGAUAUAACCUCUAAACUUACUUUAGCCAUCUCACAGACCAUAAACAACUCUCAGUUGCAGGGUUGGUCAAACAAAUUAUACAGAGACGAAGUGGUGGCAGAAUGGAAGAAAGUAAAGGGAAAGAUGUCUUUGCACGUCCACUGUCACAUAAGCGGAGGCCAUUUCCUCUUGGAUUUGUGUGCUAGACUUAGGUACUUCAUCUUCUGCAAAGAACUCCCUGUGGUAUUGAAGGCGUUUGUCCAUGGAGAUGGGAAUUUGCUCAAAAGCUACCCAGAAUUACAGGAGUCUUUGGUUUGGGUUUAUUUUCAUUCAAACAUUCCAGAAUUCAACAGAGUUGAGUGCUGGGGUCCGCUGGAGAAAGCUGGAGCACCAUUUUGUGGGGCAGGUGCGACUGGGACCCAACAAGAAGAAAAGCAAGAAAACACGGCAAGAAACUGGGACUUUCCCGAGCCCUGCCAAGAAAAUUGUAACUGUUGCUUCCCACCAAUGAGCUUGAUCCCAUGGUCACAAAAGCUUCCCUAUGAAAAGGAACAUGGGAACCAGCAGCAGCGGUUACCACCACAAAAUCUGGAAACUAUAGAUUGAAUGAAUGAUAUUUAAUUUAAUUAAUGAUUGUUUAUCGUUUGUCAUUCAUUCUUAUUAAUUUUACUCUGUUGAUUUUGAUGAAAGAUGUAAAUACAAAAUCAAUUUCUUAAAAACACUUCCUUCCCCUCUCGUAAUACUCAAAAAAAAAAAAUGGCGGGGUUCAAACACCUGUAUCGAUCUUUUUACAGGAUGCAAACGUGAUUACGGUUACUGUCUGGAUGUGUUCAAAUAUGAACCAUACAGCUGAAUUCAGGGCCACUUAUUCUGUAAUUCUGUCAUGCCAUCAAUGGUUCGUC